CCUUUGCCGACUGCUUUUGGCAGUUGGCAAAGGGGAUGCGCUCCGCCAUCUCACGACGGCGUUCGUUUUCUUUGCCGACUGCCAUAUUGGCAGGUGGCAAAGGCUUUGCCGACUCUUUUCUCUUGGCAGGUGGCAAAGGUUUCUUUGCCGACGAAUUCUUUGCCACAUGUUCUUUGCCGACUGCCACGUGUAAAGCAGUCGGCAAAGUUUUUGCCACCUGUUUUAGGGCUUUUGCCGACUGUUUUUGGCAGUCGGCAAAGAACAGAAUUUCAGUGGAACCAACGGCUGCGACGGAUCACGGUCACCUACGACUACGCAUCCACGACAUGGAGGCCAGGGUGUUCAGGUGCAUGCUCCACUUCAUCUACACCGACUCGUACGUUGCCGGAAAUCGACGCGCCGGACAAAGCAGUGAUGGCUCAGCAUCUUCUCGUGGCGGCGGACCGGUAUGACCUGCAGAGGCUCAAGUUGAUCUGCCAAGACAUGCUGCGCAGCUCCAUGGACGUCAGCAUUGCAGCGACGACACUGGUCCUGGCAGAGCAGCAUGGUUGCCAAGGGCUCAAGGCUGCCUGCUUUCAGUUCCUCAGGGCUCCUGGCAAUCUCAAGGCAGCCAUGGCGACUGAUGAUGGCUUCCAGCAUCUCAGGAGCUGCUCGCAGUUGUUGCUCCUUGACCUGCUCGACUCGGAAAAAGCUGAAAAAGGUUGUUUUUCUUUUUUGCAUGCAUGUGCUCAAAUCGAAUUCUGUGUAAUCCGCCAAAAUCAUGGAAGUUUGUAUCCAUAUGUUCCAAAUGAAGUCGUUGCAUUAUUUUCAGUUGUUCAAUUGCUACAUAGUAUUCAGCUGUUAGAUUUUACUGUGUAGUAGUUGCUAGCAGUGGCGGACCUAGGAUUUUACUAU